UUCUGAUAGUGUGCAAAGUUUGUUUAAUGUGCGUUGAGUGCGUUGGUAAAGGUAGUAGUGGGCUGCUGUUUGCACAGGUAUUGCAUACUGAAGCAGCACUUCCUGUUCUGCGCUUUUUUGCGCAUUGGCUAAGACGAUGAGGCUUGCUUUGGCUUUGCUAAGAAAGAAGAUGCCCAAUGGGAACAUCUGGACAGGGAAAGAUCGUCUACCGCACCGUGUUCAGGAGGCUCAUUUGGACCGGAUGCGCCGUCGUCUGGAAGUUGAAGAUAGAAACAUGCUGCUGUUGAGAAAUCCAUACCUCACCCAGGAACAGUCGGCCGGGGUAGGUGCGGCGCUGGGCAAGCACGAGGCCUGGCUGAAGCAGAAGAUGCUCGAGUCAUCCAUGGUGCUCAAGGGAAGAACCAAACCGCUGCACCACGUGCGCGUUGAAGACCGCUUCCGGAUACUGUACAAUAACGACGGCUGGGAGUAGCCGCUGCUGAGUUAGGUGUGCGCGAGCGGCGAGAGAGUGGAUGGAGUGCUAAUGAACGGGUGAAUCAAUGCCAGACGCACCGAGCGUGCCGGUCGAUGGAGCGGGCGAUCGUGACGGGACGAAUUGAAACGCCUUCGCCUCCAGACUCAUUGUGUGUAUUGCAAGCCAACAGUCAUCGCACGACCAGAGACGAUGCCCGUGAUGUUGUCGAGAAGGCCUGAUGGCCUUAGUGGGUAAUGCAUUUUUCGAUUGUAAAAUAAAGAGAUACCCCGAAA